AUGAACAUGAGCAAAAAACAAGAAGAAGAAAAAAAAAUUUUCCAACGAUGGUAUUGGCUAGAAAAAAGACGAAGAAAAAGAAAAAGAAGAAACAAUAUUAUCAUUCAACAAUCGAACAUUCGUAGUGGAAGUGUAGUUCGAUCUACACCACCAUCACCAUCAUUAUGGUGGUCGUCGACAAGUUUAAUAUGUCAUCUUAAAAGUCGACAUCAUUUUAAUAAAAUUUGUAUUGAAAAUAAAUGGCAAUGGAUAAAAACAAAUUCAACAACAGUUUUAAUCAAUAAUAAUCAACAAAUUUUAUUUCAUCCAAGAAUAAGUUCAUCAACACAAGUUAUUCUUGCUGAUAGACCAUUACCAUCGAAUGGAAAAUUUUAUUGGGAAAUAUAUAUGCCAGCUGUUUAUGGAACAUCUAUUAUGUUUGGUAUUGCAACUAAAAAACAAAAAUUAGUAUCAGAAAAUUUUACUAAUUUAAUUGGUAUUGAUCAAUAUGGUUGGGCUUUAUCACAUCAUGGUUUAUUAUGGCAUAAUGGGAUUUCACGUUCUUAUUUGGAGAAAUCAUUUGAACCACUACGACCAGUUUUAGUUGGUUUAGAAUUUGAUGCUGAUGUUCGAACACUUUCAUAUACAAUUAAUAAUCAAUCAAUGGGUAUUGCUUUUGAUUCAAUACCAAAGAAUGUAUCAAUUUAUCCAGCUGUAUCAUCAACAAGUGCACAUAGUACAAUGAUUCUUAAACAUUGUUGUCAAAUAUGUUCAUCAUUACGUGAAAUUUGUUUGAAAAUUGUUCGAUCAACAAUAUUAUUCAAUAAUAUUAAUUGUCAAUUAAUACCUCAGCAUUUGAUUCGACAACUAAUGCGAUAA